AUGUUAGCCGCCCUUUUUCAUUCCACCUUCUACUAUCACAUUGGCCGUCUGACCGAGCCAACGAUCCACGAGCAAACAAAUCAACAAAUAGCCACCCAGGACUGGCGCUCUCUAUUUCCGCGAAAGAUAUGGCAAGUGUAUCUCACGCCGCCGAAAGCCAACAAGAACAGUUUCGAAGUCGAUUCCAAGCAGCUAUCCGAUUCCGCUUCUUGGCUGGCUCAUAACCGCGACUACGGAUACACGUUGGUUGGAGACGAUGGAGCGGAAACACUUGUGCACCAGCACUUUGCGAAGAAUGCAACUUUGUUGAGAAUCUUCAAAGAGCUCAAAAACACCGGAAUGAAGGCAGACCUGCUGAGGUACAUGAUUUUAUCGGUCAAAGGUGGUGUCUAUUCGGACAUCGAUACUAUCAACCUAAAGCCUAUUGAUUCGUGGGUGCCUGAGAUCUAUCAGAAAGAUGCUCGAGUUGUUUUAGGGGUUGAAUUUGAUCGUCUUAAUGGAUCUAACUGGGGCGAAGUUCAUCCCGAUAUGCAAUUUUGCCAGUGGACCAUUGCUGCAACUCCUGGACAUCCUCUUUUCAGCUACAUGGUAGAUUGGGUUGUGACGGCCCUGGAAAUGUUCACAGCCGAACGAGAAACAACAUUCUCGGAGCUCCAUGUUAGUUCAGCGGAAGUUAUGAAGUUGACUGGGCCAUCUGCUUGGACGGAUGGUGUCUUCGCACAAUUGCAGCAGUAUGAGCCGGACCUUAGGUCGUUGAGCGAUCUAAGUGGAUUGACCGAACCGAGACUUGUGGGGGAUAUCCUGAUACUGCCGAUCGAUGGGUUUGGCAUGGGCCAAGCACACUCCAACAGUACAAAUGACGGGUCGAUCCCGAAUGAUGCAUUCGUACAGCAUAACUUCCGAGGAUCGUGGAGGCAUGACAAGAGGUCAAAUUAA